GGCUGAGCAGCAGUCAGAUCCCGGGAUAGAGGGAGCCGGAGAAGAGGAGUGAGGAGGCCGGGGAGGCAGGCCCUGAUGCCCUCCUGCAGGCCGGCAGCCUGCUGUGGCAGUGAAGGACCAGGCCGCCCACAAAGGGAAGGGGUCAGGAGGUCGGGCCUCGGCCUUAGCAGGCUCACACCAGGCCCCAGAAGGCAGCAGCAGGAGUUCAGGGCCCAGGCCUGGCUCGGGUUGUCCAAAGGGGACCUCAAGCAGGCCUCCCAGGCCUCUGGUGGGGAAACUGAGCUGGAGACAGGCCUGAGGGCCCGGCCCAGACGCCUGUGUGCCAAGUUAGGCAGAGCCGGAUAAGGCCCUAGGGGGUGUCAGAGACUAAUGUGGUAGGGGGCUUCAGGGCCUCCCAGUCCAGAGCCGGAUUGGCGAGUUAGACGCUUGUAGAUCCAAGGUUGGAUUGGGGAGGGGUCUCUGGGAAGUUGGCUAGCAACGCAAGGAUUGGGGGGAUUUAAGUGCUUAGAGAUCGAAGGCAGGUCUUGGGUAGGGGGAGUCAGACAAUCGGAAAGCCUAGGUGGUUAUUUGGGGAGGGGUCUUUGUGCUGAGACGAAGCGCAAAGCAGCGGCUGCUCAGCUGAAGGCCUGAGGCCUUGUCAAGAGAAGCUCCUGUGAAGGGUGGGCAAGACUAGGCCGGGCCAAGAGAAAGAAAGUGAAUAAAUCUGGAAUCGAAGUGGGCGGGGGGCCCCUGAGCGGGGGUCACAAAGGGUGAGACAUGGCCACCAGGCGUUUAACGGACGCUUUCUUGUUGUUGCGGAAUAAUUCCAUCCAAAACCGGCAGCUGUUAGCCGAGCAAGAGCUGGAUGAGCUCGCUGAUGAUCGCAUGGCUCUGGUGUCGGGCAUUAGCUUAGACCCAGAGGCAGCAGUUGGCGUGACAAAGCGGUUACCUCCUAAAUGGGUGGAUGGAGUGGAUGAAAUACAGUACGAUGUUGGCCGGAUUAAACAGAAGAUGAAGGAGUUAGCCAGCCUUCAUGACCAGCACUUAAACAGACCCACCCUGGAUGACAGCCUCGAGCAGGAGCAUGCCAUCGAAAUAACCACCCAAGAGAUCACGCAGCUCUUCCACAGGUGCCAGCGUGCAGUGCAGGCACUGCCCAGCCAGGCCCGCAGGGCCUGCUCGGAGCAGGAAGAGCGGCUGCUUCGCAACGUGGUGGGCUCCCUGGCGCAGACUCUGCAGGAGCUGUCCGCCCGCUUCCGGCGCGCGCAGUCGGGCUACCUCAAGCGCCUGAAGAAUCGAGAGGAAAGAUCCCAGCAUUUUUUUGAUACAUCAGUACCACUGAUGGACGAUGGAGACGAUAAUACUCUUUAUGAUCGGGGUUUCACAGACGACCAGCUGGCGCUGGUGGGGCAGAGCACGCUGAUGGUGGACGCGCGGGAGCGGGAGGUUGGCCGCAUCGUGCAGUCUAUUUGCGACCUAAACGAGAUAUUUAGGGACCUAGGGGCCAUGAUUGCAGAGCAGGGUACCGUCCUUGAUAGAAUCGACUAUAAUGUUGAACAGUCCUGUAUCAAAACGGAAGACGGCUUGAAACAGCUCCACAAGGCAGAGCAGUAUCAAAAGAAGAAUCGGAAGAUGCUUGUGAUUUUAAUAUUAUUUGUCAUCAUCAUUGUCCUCAUUGUUGUCCUCGUCGGCGUGAAGUCGCACUGAGCAGCGUGGGGUCGGUGUGUGAGGCCCGCGUGGACCCGGGUGCGCGCGCCCGGCGCCCGUGGGUUCCUGCGGAGGCGCGGCCCCGGGCCCGUCGGGGCCGCGAGCGUUUCCAUGGACUCGGCCGCACAGUCGUGCUCACGCGAGGGGAAGGGGCUUCUGGUUUUCCUUCACUGUCAACACUUGAAGGACCUUGGAUACUGCUGCAGAUUAGAGAUGAGUUCUCUCUUCAGUUAUAAUAUAUUUUUUUUUUAGAAAGAGAAAACGAGUUGAAGGUUUACAGGCCUCCUCACGCUGUUCAAUAUAUUAUAUCUGUAUAUGCUAUUUUUUUAGCAGUCAUGUCUGAGCAGCAUGUUAAAAUAAUUUUUGGAAAAAUUUUUUUUAAACCAUCUGGUUUUUAAGAAAUUUGGUACCAAAAAUUUAUGAGUAAAGGCAAAAAUGCCUCUUCAUUUUUCUCUAUAUAUUUUCCAGUUGAAAACAAACUGAGAAGUCCUUUAAGAAUUUGUAAUCCAUUCCCCAUUAACUUAAUUUAGCUUUUCCAUCACUGUUAAUGAUCAGAGUAACAAAGUGUGAAAAAAUAAGAAACCAUCAUUGAUGUUAAUUAACACAUUUAGAUGGACCAGUUAAAACAGCUUUAUAAGUUUAAAUUAAUUGUAAAUGGAGUAUUCCUCAUCUAAAAGUUGUGCACUGCAUGUUCUCCUGUAACCAAAAGGGGUUACUAAACAAAACCACCUAAAUUUAAAAGUUGGUGAUUUGAAAUAACCUCACAUUGAGAGGAAGCUCGGUAGUGUCGUGAAAGUCACCGGAAGCAGCCAGUGUGUCCCUGUGCUCGUCCCCAGCCAUCCUUGCUCAAUGCAUUGCUUAUGUACUCACUGCUUAAUGACCUGUUCAAACCAGACACCAUUUAAUGAACUGUGAAUUUACACAGAGGCCAUUCUAAAUGGGUCACCCCAUAUAGGAUUAGUGGGUCUCAAAUUAUUAACCACACAUCACUCCAUUUCAAAGUAAAAUAUUCCACCAGUGGUUUGAUUUAUUGGCCCUUCCAUUGCCGCUUACCAUGCCCAGAAAGUGGGCAUAUUCUUGCAAUUUGUGAAAAUCUUGCCUAGAAAAGCCCCUCGUUUGUGUGAGCGUGAAUCAGAUCGCCAGUGUAGGACUUUGUUGUUUACUUACCUAUUAUCAAUAUGGUGCUUGAAUAUAUUCCUGGACCUGUGGAAUAAUGUGGAAAGUGAUGAUAACUUUGAAAACUGAAGUUGUUCAUGUUUUAAUUGGUCUUGAGACACCAGUAUUGUUUUAAUGGUCUUUGCAUCAUUUUCAAUGGCUUUCCAUGAUUUUUACCUUUCUUAAAAUGUUUUAAAAGAGCAUGAUCUCAUUAAAUGUGCUGCCGUUUAUUUGGACCAGUCACAUAAAAUGUCUCUCUAGGAUUGACUUUGAAGUUAUUUCCAGAAAUUUAAACUCAAGUCCCGAGAUUCAAGUUGUCCAGACAGUUCAUGGGCUUAAAACCCAGACCCCUGCCCCAGCCUUCCCCUCCCAAGUGGUUUACGACACGGGGCAGUCACUGGUUUUCUUAUUGCUGAUGCGGCCGUAGGAGGGUCUAAAGGUGCCCCUGGCAUUUCAGGAAAUAGCACGGCAUUCCCUGACAGUUAUUUAUUGGGAAAGAAGGCCAGGGGAUAAGAGGCCAGCCCCUCCUCGAUCGCCCCUGAAACGGCGGGGGGCUUCUGCGGUCCUCGAGAGUAGCCGUAGGCGUCUUUCGUCUCAACGGUUUUGACCUCAUGGAGUCAAGCUUCUCCUAGGAGUGGGGCUGUCGAGAUGAGGGGCUUCCCUCCCAGACAGCCUGCGAUGGUGAUAUGGGUUACUGCUGAAGCUUUUCAAGUUUGAAGGAAAGUGGCCCAUUAAGAAAGGAUCACUGUUCAUUUGCAUUUAUUUUCAGUGAAUGGGGUGACUAGAGUUGGGUUUUUUACCCAACUCAUUUGGGUAAAAGUAUGAAUCUGACUAGGAAUGGUUUGAAGGAUCCUGUGUGGGAUCCGGGCAGCUGACUGGAUCCAGUGCAGUGCCAGCUAAAGCCCAGCCGUCCGCUGCCACCACUGUGGCCCAAGGUGGGGAAGUGGCCCUGAGCCCAUGCACCGCAAAACACUGUACUUGCUCUGUUGAGCCUUCACUUGCGGAAAGCGCGGCAGCGUUGCGGGGGGCGGGUUAGUACUCAGCGUCCCGGCACCUGAGGGUCCUUCUCGCCCUCCUUUUCCUGCCGGCAGCUCUGGUGGCGGUGAUGGCCUGCCCAGUUUCUCCCCUCGCCUGGAGCGCGCCCCGAGAAGAGGACCCACAGGGAGGGCUCCUCGGGGCGCAGCCCGGACCCCUGCCCCCUGUAACGUGCCCUGGGUGGCUCUGUUGACCAGGGCUGGAGAGGGGGAACGUAGACAUUAACUGUCAGUUCCCCAAAGCUCCUGAUCUUUCCCGGGAGAUCGUAACUGAAAGCUACUGUCUCUUGUUUUAUUAAUUUGGGGUUGGGGGGAGGUGCUGGCUCGCCCACCAUGGGUGUGAAGCCGCAUACAUCUCUAAUUUAACGAAUUUACUGCGUUCUCUGCUAACUGAGAGAGCAUUAUUUAUUUGUUUUGACACAAGCGCUUUCAGUGUUUUAUCCUGGCUAAUGGCUUCUUAAAGGUAAUAAAACCCUUCCAACCUAAUUGGUCAGAUAAGACUUUUUUUCUUGUGUGCUUAAAUAAAGCAAUUAGUGAAGCGCUUCUAUCUAAAAUGACUUUUUUUGUCCUUUUUUUAAAACUAAUUUACUGUUACUGGAAACUUUUUGUACAAUAAAGCAGUCGUGCAGAUUAAAGAACA